UGAGUAAUGGAAAACAAAACGGCACCCGAGCAUCAGGGUCAGAGCCUGAACUGCACAGUGAGAGUCCCCACAAGUGGCAGCAAACGGCAUGCAUGUGUGUUUAUGGAGCAGGAAGCGAGGCUUUUGGGAGGAGUGCAGGGGAGUGGCGGGGCAUGAAUGAACGUGCUCGGAAACGUAGAAGAAACAUCCGUGCGCAGAAAAGAGGAAGUAAGGUGCAGAGAGGGCGAGGGGCCGACGUGUGAGCGAGCCGGAGAGCCACCGGGCGACAGCAUGUACAGCUAGUGUGUGUCUGUGUGGCACGUGUGAGUAUGUGUGUGCGUGGAGACGGACCCUCCGCAUAACAAGGAUAUAACAAGGAUGUCUCUUAAGCUACCACGUAACUGGGACUUCAGUGCCUUCCGAGCUGAAUCUGCGAAAAUAGCACGGUCCAAGAGCGUGAUGCCUGGCGAGGGGAGCCCGGCUUCGUGCCGGCCCGGCUCGCCGCGGACCUUGGAGAGACCCCUGAAGACGGGCUGGCUGAAGAAGCAGAGGUCCAUCGUGAAGAACUGGCAGGCGCGUUACUUCGUGCUGCGGGGCCACACCUUGUACUACCACAAGGACGACAAAGACAGCUCAUGUCAGGGCUCCAUUUCUUUGAAAUCAACUCAAGUGAAUGAGCUCCCAUCAAACGCAGAUGAGCAGGGGAAGUUCCUUUUCGAAAUUAUACCAGGCAACGGUGACCGCGAGCGUGACCCCUGCGUGCUGAUGGCCAACUCUCAGAAUGAGAUGGAGGAAUGGGUUCGAGCCAUUCGCAGGGUUCUUGGGGCGCAGUCCAGCGGAGCGGUCUUUGGCAGGAGCCUGAGUGAGACCAUUGCCCAUGAGCAGAGGUUUGGACCCCGGCUGGUGCCUAUCUUGGUGCAGAAGUGCGCUGACUUCAUCCGUGAGCACGGCCUGAACGAGGAGGGCAUCUUCCGUCUGCCGGGUCAAGACAACCAAGUCAAGCAGUUCAGGGAUGCCUUCGACGCCGGCGAGAGGCCGUCCUUCCCCAGUGACACAGACGUCCACACGGUGGCAUCGUUGCUCAAGCUGUACCUGCGAGAGCUGCCGGAGCCUGUGGUGCCCUGUGGGCAGUACCAAAGCUUCCUGGACUGCACCCACCAGCUGAAUCCCAAUGGCAGGGAGGGCCGGGAUGCUUUGGAGAUGCAGAUCUCCUUUAUACCAAAAGCCAAUUACAACCUUCUCAGCUACGUCUGCAGGUUCCUGAAUGAAGUGCAGCUGAACUCCAAGGUAAACAAGAUGAGUGUGGAGAAUCUGGCCACCGUCUUUGGGGUGAACCUACUCAAACCUCAGAUCGAGGACCCCGUCACCAUGAUGAAGAGCACGCCACAGAUACAGAAGCUGAUGACAGCCAUGAUCCGGCAGCAUGAAGAGCUAUUUCCCCCCUCCAAGGACGUGACCCCCCCGCCGCCCUCCAAAAACAGCGAGAGCAAAGCCAGCGCCCCCCGAAGCUUCGUGGGGUGGGAUUCUGCAGACUUCUGCUCUGCUUCGCCCGAUAUAUUGCCUCUGUCUGAGGUCCCCGAGGAAGAUGAUGCCAGGACACUGGGGAGUGUGAGAGAGGAAGGAGAGGGGUCUGAGGCCGCUGUGGACACACCUGCUUCCUGCAUCCCUCCCUGCUCCUCAGCCACGGACCCAUGGUCGGGGAGUGGGAGUCCUCGCAAGCGCACGCACACCCUCCCGGCUUCGACCUGCUCCUACCCUAGCCGGGGCACACGAGGGGGGGACAUGCUUAGUCCCAUGCUGUCUCUGGACGAGGGCAACCAGAGAGGGACCUUCUCAGAGGACAUCUUUGAAAUUCUGGGCCUGCAAAACCUUACGCCAUCUGAAAGAGCGGGUUCAGCAGGAAAGGGCACAUGUCGGGGUACCAAGGAUGCCAUGCCGACACAGGUCACUCCCCCGGAAGGGGCAGGAUCGGCUGGAAAGGGUGGGUGUGGGGGUACCAGGGACGCCAUAGCGAUACAGGUCACCCCCCCGGACAGGAGGCGCAGUAGCAGCAGCAGCAGCAGCAGUGGGAGCUCCCUGGUGCUCUCUCAGUCAUCCAGGGAAGAGUCAUUAGAGGCGUGUGCGGAUGCAAAGAAGCCCAAGGAGCAGCCUGAGAGGCAGCAGAGCAGCCAGGACUCGCCUGAGGACCGGAUCAGCAGCCUUCUGCAGAAGAACAGCGAGCUCACUGCCAUGGUGAAGGAGCUGCAGGCAGCCUUGGAGGCGGAGAAGCGUCACAGGGAGGCGCUAGAGAUCCGGCUGCGUAACGCAGAGCAGAGUCACGAUGAGGCUCAGAGGCGCAACCGUGGACUGGACCGAGAGAUCCAGGAGUUUCUCCCCAGGCCGAGGGGCGGCCCACCGUAGUGGCCCCUACACACCCUGAGGGUCAGAGGUCAACCGGUCCUUCGUCGUUGACAUUCUUGGAACACAUUUGCCACGGGCGUAAACUCGUGGGGGUUCCGGGUCAGUGAACGAAGUCCAAAUAUGGUCCGAGUGGACCUGGAGCGUGGUGCAGACACACGGAACACAGUGGAGAUGCGAAGUCGUGGUGCUACAGUUGUUGAGCACUUUAAGGGUCUCAUCUGCACGCUCUCAUUGUAGAAGCCCCGGCUUUCCAAGCAGGCAGAGAUCUGUGGACAUAACAUUUAUAUGCUGGGACUCUUUCCUGAGUGAAGCGCCUGGCUGUCUUUCAAAAUGUUGCUUAGCUUACCUCAAGAAGACUUACCUCAAAAGCAGAAGCGAAGGCUGGAAAUGUAUCAUUAGGAGAAUGUCUCUCACUGUACCUGCUUUCUCUUUUGUCUGGGCCAAAUGCAAUUUCAGGUCAGGCUUUUCAUAUGUGUGACGUGUGUUGGAACAGGAUAUGGCCCAAGUAAGACUAAAGACUGAGGUUGAAUAAAGUACAAGCUUUUUAGCCUUUUUAGUCUGA